ACCUAGCAACUACUCAGAACACCCUAGCAACUGCUUAGCAAUGCACUAAAACCAGUCAAACAACCUUAGCAACCACAAAAGCAUAAAGCAACAUCCCAGCAUCGUGAUGGUGAAUUUUUGCAUGAACAAACAUUUUGUGCCAUCUGUGGUUCAGUCACUCCAAAGAAAGUUUCAUUACAGCAGCAGGCGAAACUCACUGUCGCCCUUCUUCUGCGAAGAUUGAGCUGAACCAAAUAUUGUUAUGUUUUUCACACUAUGUGCUGAACGCCCACAAUGCCAGAAAAUAUUUAAACAGUUUGAUCUUUGGAAGAGCAUUAUUAGUUCCAGUGGAACCUAUAGGACUUGCCAUAUCGUUUUACUCGAAACGAAUACAAAAACAAAUGCUGCAAUAAAAGAAGAUCUUUGGGACCAGUGCAUCACAGACUGUGCUUCGUUACAAUGCCUGUGCAAGCCCCGCAAUGGACCGAGUUUCUGUUGUGUCCCAUCUGCAUGCAAACCUUCGAGGAGAGCCACCGCAAGCCCAUCAGCCUGGGCUGCGGGGACACUGUGUGCAAAAUGUGCCUGAACAAACUGCAUCGCAAGGCCUGCCCGUUCGACCAGACCGCAAUCAACACAGAUAUCGAGCAACUGCCUGUCAACACAGCCCUUCUACAGCUUGUUAGUGGACAGGUUUCCAGUCCUCAGCCUGUCACCUUACUGACAGCUGCAGAGGACAUCAAGCACUAUGAGGAGUCUCGCACAUGUGUGGAGGACCUGGCCCUCUAUCUCAAACCCCUCAGCAAUACCAGAGGUGCAGGGCUGAAUGACGCCGCUCAGUGCAUGCUCAGCAGACCCAUGCAAAGAAAGCUGGUGACUCUGGUGCACUGUCAGCUGGUGGAGGAGGAAGGCCGCAUCAGGGCCAUGCGGGCGGCCCGAUCUCUGGGUGAUCGUACCGUAACUGAGCUCAUCCUUCAGCAUCAAAACCCCCAGCAGCUCUCCUCCAACCUGUGGGCCGCCGUCAGGGCCAGGGGCUGCCAAUUUCUCGGCCCUGCCAUGCAGGAAGAGGCAUUGAAACUAGUCUUGCUUGCUCUGGAAGAUGGUUCUGCCCUCUCACGGAAGGUUCUGGUCCUGUUUGUGGUCCAAAGACUCGAACCCCGUUUCCCUCAGGCCUCAAAAACCAGCAUUGGACACGUGGUGCAGCUCCUCUACAGGGCUUCCUGCUUCAAGGUCACCAAACGUGAUGAGGAUUCCUCCUUGAUGCAAUUGAAGGAGGAGUUUCGCACAUAUGAGGCUCUUCGGAGGGAACACGACUCUCAAAUCGUUCAGAUUGCUAUGGAGGGCGGACUGCGAAUUGCCCCCGACCAGUGGUCCUCUCUGCUGUAUGGGGACCAGUCCCACAAAUCCCACAUGCAGUCAAUUAUAGACAAGUUGCAGACACCAGCAUCAUUUGCUCAGAGCGUACAGGAACUCACCAUUGCCCUGCAGAGAACUGGAGAUCCAGCCAAUCUCAACUGCCUCAGACCCCAUUUGGAACUGCUGGCCGACAUUGACCCCAGCCCAGAUGCCCCUGCACCCACAUGGGAGCAGCUAGCCAAAGGGUUGGAAGCAGUGCGGACAGUGGUGCACGGUCUGGUGGAUUUCAUCCAGAACCACAGCAAGAAGGGAGGUGACCAGCAGCAGCCACCCCAGCACAACAAAUUCAAGACCUACAUGUGCCGGGAUAUGAAACAGAAAGGAGGCUGUCCUCGGGGAGCAAGUUGCACCUUUGCCCACUCUCAGGAAGAACUGGAAAAGUACCGUAAGAUGAAUAAACGUUUGGGAAUGCGUCAUCAACUCAGCCAGUCCCUGACGCACCUGAAUGAAAUGGACCUAGGUGCAGGUCUGUUGCCUGAGGAAGGCCUGUCCAUGGAGGUACUCCCACAUAAGCCCACCCCCAUCACCAACGGCAUCCUACCAGCAGGCCCUGGAUCCACUCUGACCCACCUGGUUUCAAGAGGCUCAAAACCAUCUUUCGACCCAUCCCUUAAGCCAGGAAAGAUGGACUCUGGAAGCUUUAGUGCACCCGGCUCUCCUCCAGAUUCAUUGGACCCUGUCCCAAAAACAGGGAUGCCCAGGAACCCCCACUCUAGGAUGGCAGGCGAUGGUGUAUUCGGACAGAGGCACAUGUCUGCAGGGCCUAGAGUUCCCCACAUGCAUCCACCUCACCAGUCUGAGCAAUACUACCCUGAGAAAAGAGCACCACCCACUUCCGCCCAAUAUGAAUCCUCUCAGUAUGCUGCAGGUAAUACUUACCCCCACCACCACGGCCACCAACGCUACGGCCGCCACCCCGCUCCACCUCCAGAGCCAGGCAUGCCACUAUAUCAGGACUCUUACCCCAACUCCUAUACCUCAGAGCGCCAGUACACCAACCCAACCUCCAGUACCAAUUAUGGAUACCCUUCACACCAUGAUGGUCGUCGUCACCCUGCUUACUCAGGCCACCCACAUUCCCAAGCUUUUCCCCCACGGGAGGAGCUAGUAAGGAGGAGUCCAGCACCUCUGGAUGUCCCCCCACCCCUACAGCCCCAAAGUUCUGCUUCAUCAUACUUUCCAGAAUCAGCUCAGGAGAGAUACGCCACGGAGAACUAUAACCACUCUAGUCAUAUCAGGAAUUACCACAGGAAUGCCUACACUCGAGCACAGCCGUCCCUGGACUACCUGCACCGCCGCAGACAGGAGAUCAUGGCCCAGCUGGAGGAGAGAACUGUUGUCUCGCCUCCAACCUUUGGGUCCUCAUCCUCCCUCUCGCACUUGUACGACCCCAACUACCCUCAGGAAAUGAGGGGACAAAGCCAUUACAUGGAGAAGAACUCCCAUGGUUUCGGACAUAUCCAGGAGACGGACUACACCGCUUCAUAUUCACCUUGGUCAUGUGACACCUUUGGUUCCUACAUUGGAAGCAAGGAUAUGAAGUCCAAAGAAGGCAUAAACGCCAUUGAACAGAAUGCGGGCAAGGGUCUAAGAGCGCACGGCUUGGAGCUUCAACGCAGAGAUGUCAAAGACGAUGACCCCAUCAUUCCCUUUGGAUCCCUGCCGACCGUGUCCCGCUUUGGAGCCAUCUCACGCACAUCUAAACCGGGCUAUCCGCCAAACAGUCCAAUACCACCGUUGCCAAACUCUGCCAAACAUACAGCUUCUGCUGCUGACUACACCUAUGGGAACCACAGAGGGUGGAGCAGCGACUCCUACCAGCAGCACCAAAUGUCUCAGGGACACUUCAGUGAACGUUUGUCCCCUGUGGUGCAGGCGAGGGAACAGCUGAGGAUGGAGCUCCAACAGGUCAACCAACAGAUCAGCCAACAGAGCCGUGGCCUGGAGAACUCAAGCUCUGUGAUGUCUCAACCGUCUCGAGUGGACUGGUCCUCUCAUAGUUUAUCCAGUGAACAGCUGAGUCUUGAACUGGACCAGGUGGAGAGAGAGAUCGGCAUGAGGACACAGGGGAUGGCUAUGGAGAACCACGAUGGCAAGUACAAGCUAGUUUCAGUCGAAAACGGCCAAGAGGAACGCGCUCUGCAACGAGACGAGCAUCCACUGACUCGCAGUGAAAGCUCAAAUGGCUCCAUUGUCUUGCCACAUGACUGUGGUCUCAUCAGCAGCAGUAUGUCCUCAUUGACCAGCAAGACAUCCUCUCUCAGUUUGUCCUCGGAACAGGUGGAGAACGGAGUUGUUCAUUCUUAGUCUACUCUGAGUCUUUCUACCUCAACUUCCAUUUCCAUUAACACCAUCCCACUCUAUGGAGCCCUGGGCACCAGUCAGCUUCUCUAUCCCAGGUUCACUCCUACAGGGUACUUUCGUCACCCCCCCAAGCUUUGGUUGUGUAACACACCACUCAUUUGCUUAAUUCUGUUUCAUUUGUUCUUGAGUGUUGUUCUGUUAAAUAGAUAAGGGCUAGAUGACAAUUUAACACUUGUCAGGCAAUUAUGGGUGGAGUCCAUUAGGAUUCACUGUGGAUGUGCCUAAACAGACUUGCACAAUCUUGCCCUCUGUUUACAACAGAACCUUCUGUUGAGUAUUUAAAUUUUUUUGCUGUGUGAAUCACCUUUUUCCUGAGACAAGCCGCCUUCUAAACCAGGGUUAAUAAGAAAUAUCCUCAGUCUUAAAUAUUUGUCAGGCAACGUGUACAGUAAUUCGACAGGAAUAGUGUUGUUUUAAUUAUCGUUAGGUAAGUCUACUGUUUUGGUUUUCGAAAGGAAUUUCGUUUUUUGAGUUUUUGUCAUAUGCGCUACAUUUUUGGUAGUUGCUCUAUUGCUUAGUUUGCUUGGAGUCACGUUUACACUUAUUCUGUCACAUAGUUUACAGUGUUUAAAUCAAUAUAAGAAUUGUUAUUGUAUGUACAGUACAGUAACUGAACUGCUGCAUAUUCAUCCAACAGCAACUAACCAGGCACGGCACAAGUUUGCAUCUAUAAGCAAUUUUCAUCUAUAUUGAGGCCAAAGUAUACUUAGUUUUUCUGCAUGCCACUACACCUCACAUUCAGCGUACUUAACGCAAACUUCGUCAUCAGCACAGUAGAUACGUGGGCAGUCCACGUCCUUGCGCGUCAGCUGUGCUAAGAGUACCACAAACCCAUCAAAUGCGCAUGCGUCGAACACAUCCGAAUGUAAUUGAUGUUUAAUGCGCCGUAAUGUGGAGCAAGAUUUUGGACCAGUUUUUUGAUUUUACACAGGCAAACUAGCACAACACUGCAGACAUAGAAACCUAGUAAUGUAAAAAAUGGUGGUUUGGACAAAAACUCAAACAAAAAGCUUUUAUCGUUUGACGCUUUAUCGUGUUGUGCCAGGCUAGGGUAAAGUGUUACACUUUUUAUCAUGUGAUCAGUUUCAUCAUGAUGGGGGUCAAAACUAUAUAUAGAUGUUAUUUGCAUUGGGCUUCAUUUGUUCACCAGCCUGUGUUUACAGCGUGAUGUAAAUGUCCAUUGUAAUACUUAAUAGUAAUGCUUGUAAACCCAAGGGUUCACUAAAUUAAUCUUAAUUCUGCUCAUGCCCACAAACCCUUUUCUGAUCUUAAUAGGGCCCUUAUAUUGUUCUCUCAACUGCCUGGAGACUUCGAUUGAGUUGGUGUAAUAAUCUUCUGCUACGUAUGAUGGAGAAUCAUUGCAGUUGUUCUCAGGGAUGCAUUAUUUGGCCUCUUUUUUUUUUUUUAAUGAAUUGAAAUACCAAUCCAGUUCACUCUUUCUGUGCAUGGCACAAGUAUAAAGAGAGAUAUGGAUGUGGAGUCUGUGGUUGGUUGGGAGGAUAUCAAACUUAAAUGCUUUUUGUACCCCACUUAAAGUUUUUGUUUUUUAUAUAGUGGGUAUAGUUAAAUUUUUCAUCCUGUGGAUGAAAAGAAAGCCAUUAUGACUACACAUAAACAUACAUUCUGUUUUAAGAAUGCAGAUGUAAUAUAUCAAACUUCACUUUGUCAGUGGAAUAACAAUCUUAAAAACAAGCAUAAAUUCCAUAAUCUGGAAGCCUGGUGAUUUAUUCGUAAAUGUUUGAACAUUUCUUAUGUACUGUUUCUUAAAGGUAACUCAUUUCUGAAUGAUGUGGCAUAUUGAUAUUCAGUCCAAAAAAGACUUUGAUCCUCUUAAAACCACCACAAGACUCCUCCAUUUUCAAUUCUAUUUAACUUCUUUGAAGUGUGAAGAACAUCUUGUUUUAUUGGGCUGGUUUGAUCGAAUCACAGGCAGUAUGAGCGACCAGUUCUCCUCACUUUCAUUCAUAUACUUGCUGUAGAGGGGGAAUAACGAAGCCCCUGGAUGAAUUGGUUCACUGAACAUUGAAGUCUUGUGACCUGUCUAAAAUCUUUGAGAUAGUGGACAGGAUGUUGGACUGUUUGAACUGGAAAGAGUUGGACGUCUUAUCUUCAAAACAGCCAAACCCCUAAGCGAGGUCAGAAUAUUUCCCCACUAGUAUGUUAUUUGGGUUCUGUUUUGCGCCUACUCCGCAAAAAUUUAGCUUUUUCUUUACAUCAAUGUCAGUGAGCUCUGUACUCCACCACCAGCCUUUCUAUCUGUAUUUUAGUAAUGAAUGAGCUCUCUGAAGUUACUCCAGUUUAUUUACUGAAGUUUGCCCAAGGCAAAAGUAUUUAGCAUUUUUUUUUUAUUAUUGUGUGCAUCACAGACAGACAAAAAUAUAGGUUAUACAUGGUGUGUUGUUGGGUGUGAAAUAUUGAUGUUGUUGUUUAAUGAUAAAGUUGAACACAAACCCUUUAGCUGUUAAUCUUUGUUGAACAAAAUCAAGCAUUUGUCUGGAAUUAAGUAUAUAAUCACACGUAAAGUGAACAAUCAGGUUGGAAGUAUUACGAACAGCACUCAUUUGGUUAAAAUGAGCUUUAAUCAAAAAUAAAAUCAAAAUGUAUUUAAUAGAUGAACAGGCAAAGGGUAGGAAAUGUGUCGAAAUUUGUGAAUGGCAGGCUCAAAUACUACUGAAUUUUCUACGGGUACAAAUUUUUGUAUGCAAUAGCAUUCAAACACGACUAAAUCCAUCAGCAAAAUGAUUAAAAAUAUAAACUAUUCGCUGUAAAUCUCAAACUUACAUUCUUCCAUGUAGAUCACUUCCUCAGUAGAGAGAUCUCAUCUCUUGACACAAAACACUGUCAAUUUGGAGAGUGUUUUUAUUUUUUAUUUUUUCUGCCAGCAUGAAAUGGUCUCACAAGACAUCCUACAGAUUCCUUAAAAGCACCUAUUUUGGUGGAACUUCUCUUAAGGUGGAGUUGAUUGCUAUUGCUUUAUUUCCGUUGUCUCAUUAUCUUUGAUAUAGUGUUACUAUGGCUUCGGUCUGAGCUUUUGGCAUUUAAGCAAUCGUCAAAAUUGGAAGAUUGGAAUUUUACAAAUUCGAUUUCAUUUUUGUUUUGAUAAUUGUUGAUCUGUGAUUCACAAUGUAGACUUUAAGGAAAGUUGGUUCAAAAGAAAAGGUGAAAAGCUGGAAGCUUUGUCGCUGUGGAGCCAAUCUACUGAUUCUGGAUGAGUAUCUUGUUCCUGUUUUAUAACAUCUACAUUUUAGCAAUGAUCUUCAUCCUUUUCUCUGUUUUAUUUUAAAAAGAAAACCUCUGUCUUUAUCUGAGGGUUGGUUUAAGUAUAUUUGGGUGUAAACGUCUUUUGCCCUGUUGCCUACACUUUUUUCUGGACUAUGAUUUUUGUUCGACCACAGUUUCAACACUUCAAGACUGUGCCUUUAUACAAAUCUGCAAAUAUUAAUGUGUUGGGUGUUUAGAUGUAGCCAAACCAUCUUUGUUUAUAUUCAAUAAUAAUCAGAUCUUCUCAGUCUUCUAAGUCAGCAUUUAUAUUAAAUGAUCUCUUAAAAUCUGCAGGCUUUCAGGCCACCAACUGAGUACUGCCUAUCCUUUCUGAGAUAAAGGAAAUUAUUGCCAGGUCAUUUGUUUGUUUUGUUUUUUUGUAGCCAUUUUGUGUAUCUUCAUACAAGUGAACUUGAGUAUUUAAGUGUGUUUCAUGGAGUGAUGGUGAUUGUUCCAUCUUUUUGGUGUUAAGGUUUGAAAUGGAUCAGGAAAACGAGGACAGCCUGUUGAUUUGUGUAUUUUGUCAUAGUUUGUGGUGUUUCUUAUUGAGAGAGGGAGUACCAUGGCUUAUUUCAUGAUUCAUGAUGUUAUCGAAGGUGAGGAUACAGGUAAACGUUCAAGGUUUGCCAUUUUCAUAUAAGCCAUUUAAAAAAUAGUAGACAGUUCCUUUGUACUGAAGUUUCCUUGAAUGAAUCGCAGAUAUGAACUACUCUCUCAAAGAAGGGCUUGAUUUACUGUGGUGUUGAAAUUAUGUACUUGAUGUCAGCCAUUUGAAAAUGUACAAAAGAAUUGUAACUAUUGUUGCAACAUGAUCUCCCCAUGAGCCAGUGGGGAUCACCUUCGAUUUAAAUAGGGAACCAAAAUGUUUACCAAAAUGGGUGAAUCUUUUGAAACUUGUCAAGAUGUCUAGGUUAUAUUUCACCCCAAAAAUAUGUGUGUGUGUGUGUGUGUGUGUGUGUGUGUGUGUGUAUAUAUAUAUAUAUAUAUAUAUAUAUAUAUAUAUAUAUAUAUAUAUAUAUAUAUAUACAUACACACACACUCACAUAUAUAUAUACAUACAUACACAUAUAUAUAUAUAUAUAUAUUGUUUGUUUAAAGAAAAUGAAGCACAAAAAAUCUAAUUCUCAUUACCGUAACGCAAAAAUGUUAUUCUCAUUACCGUAAUGCAAAAAUCCCAUUCUCGUUAUCGCAAUGCAAAAAUGUAAUUCACAUUACCGUAACACAAAAAUCUAGUUCUCAUUAAGGUUAUGCAAAAAUCCCAUUCUCGUUAUCGUAAAGCAAAAAUCUCCUUCACAUUACCUAAUGCUAAAAUGUCGUUCUUAUUACCGAAUGCAAAAAUAUCAUUCAUUUCCGCAAUGCAAAAAAUGUCUGUCAAUACUGUAACGCAAAAAUGUCAUUCUCAUUACCUUAAUGAAAUUCUUUUAAUUCUUAUUACGGUAUUGCAAGAAUCUCAUUCUCGUUACUGUGAUGUGAUGUGAAAAAAAUUAAAUUAAAUUAAAGAGAGGGAAAAAAUGCAUCUGGACAGGAUUUUCAUUACUGCAUUCUGGUAACAAUAAUAAAAUGUCAUAUUACAGUAAUGAGAAUUGGAAGAUAAUGUGCUGAAUUAAAUUAUGAUUUAAAUGAAAACAUCACAAUGAAAAAAAAUCUUCAUAGAAAAUAUGCUUAAUUUUCUUCAUGCAAAAUAUUAUUUGCAAUAUGACCUUGACAUUUCUCUGUGGGAUCCACCCACCCAGUGCUGACUUUUUUAAAAACAACGUAUGUCUUACUUAUGAUCAGUGUCCAAUGAAAAGCCUCAGUGUUCAUUGGAACUCAUUUGCAUAUAAAAAACAGUGAUUGUUGAAUGCAUUCAGGGUCUCUUUUAAAAUGAGAAUGUAGUGCUAUCUAGUGUAAAAUGUCGUAAAACUGCAAAGAUUUAUAUGAGGAAAUAGGAAUGGCUGAAAACUGAAUUUUGACACUUAGUGCCUGAAACACCCAAGAUUGCAGUGUUUUCCCACACUGAUAAAUGAUUAAUGGUACAUAUUGUUCCCUGGUCUUGAGGGAAAAGUAUACAUUGCACAUACAUACGUAGGAGGGCAUUUCAGUAGUAAAUUGAGAAGUCACAAUGUUACUUGGAAAACAUAAGGGUUGUGCACACAAAUACAGGCUUUAGUGUUUUAGCUUAUAGCUGCAGGAUGUAGUUUUGAAAUGAGUGAUUGUGUGUGUUCUGAUGUGUCUGAAGGGAGUGCUGUCCAUCUCAUUUCUGUCUAUUUGUUCCAACAUACUCAUUGCUUGCACUCAUGUAUUGACUGUUUCGUGGUCUUUUUUACCAUGAUUCAUAACAUUGGGAAAUAUAAUUGCUUUUGAUGAUUUCUCCCAUGUUAUCUCAUAUUAGACUGCUUAAAUUAAGGUACACUUUAACUUCUACAUGAAUAAGAAAAUAAAUGUUUGUAUAUUAUACUCCAUUAAGGAAUGUUUAGAAUUAUAUUUCUCCAAUGUGGAUGUAGUUGUAAUACCUUUUUUUCUUUUUCUUCUUUGUACAAGAUUUCACUGUGUGAAAUUUUGGAUUGCAAUUUUGUAUAAUACAAUUCCUUUUCUUCUUUGAGAGGGCAAGUGGGUAUUACUAACUGGAUUUUUUUUUUUAUUUUUUUUUUUAGAUAUUGAAACUUGAAAUUAUUUAAUAAGAAAUGUAUUUUAUGUGCAACAGUGAUUCUGGCAUGAAUUAUGAAUAAAUGAUAUUGUAAACCA